AUGUCGGGCGGUUUCGAUCCGUUCGCUCUCAAAGAGGAAGAUGCGAUGAAAUUCUUGGCCUCACAAACCCAUAUCGGUACUACCAACGUCGACUACCAAAUGCAACAAUACAUCUACAAGCGUCGAGUUGACGGUACCUACAUCAUCAACCUGAGAAAGACCUGGCAAAAGCUCCAACUUGCCGCUCGUGCUAUUGCCGCCAUUGAGAACCCUGCUGAUGUUAUCGUUGUCUCGGCUCGACCUUUCGCUCACCGUGCUCUCAUGAAGUUCGCUGCUCACACUGGAGCCACUCCAAUCUUCGGACGCUUUGCUCCAGGUGCUCUCACCAACCAGAUCCAGAAGAACUACAAGGAGCCACGAGUUAUCGUGAUCUCGGAUCCACGUGUUGACCACCAGGUCGUCACUGAGGCUUCGUACGCCAACGUGCCCGUGAUCAGCUUUGCUAACACCGAUUCACCACUCAAGUUGGUCGACAUCUCGAUCCCAUGCAACAACAAGGGAGCUCAAUCGGUUGGUCUUCUUUGGUGGUUCUUGGCCCGUGAGGUUCUCACCAUCAAGGGAAAGAUCUCUCAUCAAACCGGUUUCAUCCUCGAUGAUAAGGAGAUCAUGCCCGACCUUUACUUCUAUCGUGAUCCAGCUGAGCAAGAGAAGGAAGAGGCUCAACAGAUCGAGGCCACCGAUGCCGCUGCUCAAGAGUACGUGAGCACCGCUGAGCCUGGAGCCAUCGACUUCAACGCUCAACCCGAGAUCAAGGACUGGGCUGCUGAGACUGCUGCCGAGUCUUGGGCUCAGGGAGCAGGAAAUCAAGAUUGGAAUAAUGCCUCGUCUAACCAAUGG